AUGUCGACGACCGUCGCGGCUUCCGUGUCGAUGCGCGCGAUCGUCGUGACCCGCGGCACCCCAACGCGCCGCGGUGUCGCGUCGCGCGCGACAUUCCGGCGCGGCGACUCGCUCGCCACGCGCCAAGCCCGCCCGCACGCCGGCGCGUGGAGGCGGGGGAUCAGGAACGUGGACCACGUGGGCGAACCAUCGCGGCUCGCCGCGCGCGCGGGGCUCUUCUCCCCGUUCCGGGUCGAGGUUCCCGACGCGAUCGACGAGUCCCCCGACGACAUCAUCCGCAAGAAGAAAGACACCGGCAAGAAACUGAGGCUCCGCAUCGACGGCGUCUGGUACGACUGCACCGGCUGGGCGAGGGCGCACCCCGGAGGCGCGCUCUUCAUCACCCUCAUGGAUGGCUGCGACGCCACCGACGUCUUCUACGCGCUGCACUCGUACGGACCCAACGGCGACGACACCGCCGCCAGGCGACUCGCCAUGCUCCCCACGUGUUUGGGUCCCGACGAGGAGCCCGACGAGCAGUUUGGUUCAUCCGAGGAUAAGAACUCCUCGGGCGUCCCCACCGCGUACGGGACCCUCCCCGACACCGGCGUGCACUCCAACGAUAACCUCCCGGGCGACGCAAACCCGGCGUUUGCGACGCUCAGGAAAAAGUUCGACGACGAGGGAUGGUUCAGGCGCGAUCCCCUGAAGGAGGCGGCGGUGCUGGGUACCACGCUCGGGCUGUACGCGAUCGGGUGGUUCCUGGCCAACUCGCAUCCGAUCCUCGCGGCGUGUUCCAUCGGCCUCGGGAUGCAGCAGGCUGGUUGGCUCGCGCACGAUUACAUCCACGGCCGCGGCAAGUGGUGCUCGAUGAUGCGCGGGUUCGGCUCGCUGACGAACGGUUUCAGCACCGAGUGGUGGCAGCACAAGCACAACAUGCACCACUCGUUCACCAACAUCGACGGGCGGGACGGUGAUAUCAAGCUCGAGCCCCUCUAUUUCCUCCAGUCGCCCGAGGUGACGGGGAGGCCCGAUAACCCGGGCUUCCGCAGGUGGCAGCACUGGUACGGGUACCCGCUCUACGCGUUCACCUACGUCCUCUGGCGCCGCCACUCGCUCGCGUCCGCGAUCCAGCGCAAGGAUAAGAAGGAGCUCGCCCUACUCGCGGUGCACUACGGAUGGCUCUUCGGCUGCUUGCCGCUCAGCGUGGCCAUCUCAUCCGUCCUGCUGGGCGGGUUCCUGGUGGGCGCCUUGGUGACGGCGACGCACCAGACCGAGGAGAUCAUGUUCGAGCAGGCUGGCGAGUUCGUGGACAUCCAGUUCCGGAGCACGCGGGAGGCUGACGUGGAUGGGCUGGAGCGAUGGCUGUGGGGCGGGAUGGACACGCAGCUCGUUCACCAUCUCUUCCCCACGAUGCCGAGGUACCGGCAUCACGCGGCGAGGCCGAUCAUUCAGCGAUGGGCGGCUGAGCACGGGUACGAUUUCAGGAUCUCCACGGCGAAGGAGAUCAUCGAGAAGAACUGGACCCACCUGAAGGAGAUGGCGGGGGUGAAGAUUCCCGCGCACAUCUAA